AGGAGGUGUUUUCCAGCUUUAAAAGGGAUGGAGCCAGCCCCUUCUGACAAGCCCUGUGUCACAGCUACCGGGAGUCUCUGGAAAUCGUAAUUAGGCUAAAGCAUAACAAAACGACAGCAAAACUCAUCUAACCAUCAGACCAACCCCGAGUGUGUGAGAAGGGCUGUGAAGAUAACCCUUGCGCAUACUCUGCUCUCUUUUCCAUGUCAGUUUCUCUUGGAGUGCUGUCACGUGGAUGAAAGUGUUUGAAUUAAUAUCAAAUCAGCAUUCGAGUUUACUUUUUUAUUGACAAAUAAUGCGUUUUAUUUUUGUUUCGACUACUGCACAUUUCUACAGUCUGAACUAGUUUUUUUUCUCUCGCAGUACUCAUAUGAUACUACCUGUGAUAUUAUUGUCAACCAUCACAACCACAAAAGUAGACCAAUCGCAAGUUGAAUGCAGGAUAUCAGCUGUUUGAGACUCAGCUCCAAAUUCAACUUUGGACCAGUCCUCCCAGCGGCUUUGGGAAAGGAACGAGGAUUGCAGUUUCUCAACUCUCUCGCUACCGAGAUGAAGUCUGCAGAAGAAGAUGCAUAUAGCUACACUCCAAACGUCAGCCUGUCCCUGCCACUGGGCAUGGGAAAUCCCUGUCUGGCCACCCAGUACCACACACUGCAGUCCAGCCCCAUUAUCUCCGUGUCCUCCUGCCACCAGACAGGCUACGGUCUCCACGAUCACAACAACCAAAACCCAGCCCAGGGCUACUACAUGUCCCACGGCCUGAGGCCUAACGGGGCCCCGGCCCUGGAGAGUCCUCGCAUCGAGAUUACAGCCUACCACCAGUACCCUGAGGAGGAGGUGGAGGAGAGCAGCAGCAUGGACCACAUCGUCCACCACAAACGGGGGCUCAACUCCAUUGUGACCCUGACGCUGCCAAACGCCGAUGGCUACCGCGACCCCAGUUGCCUCAGCCCGGCCAGCAGCUUGUCAUCACGUAGCUGCAACUCGGAUGCGUCGUCCUACGAGUCCGGCUUUUACAACUAUGACAACUCAUCCCAGAACUCGCCAUGGCAGUCUCCUUGUGUCUCUCCGAAAAGCUCGUCCUCUCUCCUCUCCUGCCCACACGCUCCUCUCGGCCCCCCCUCGACCUCCCCCCGCCACUCGCCAUCCACCUCCCCCCUGAUCGGGGCCCAAGCCGAAGAGGGCUGGGUGGGACAGGGGCCCUGUGGAAGCUCCAGGCCCAACUCCCCGGCUUGCAGCGGAGGAGGUGGCAGUGUUGGCGUGGGGAAGAGAAAAUACAGCUUCAACGGCACGACCUACAGACAGCCAACCUACUCGCCCAACCAGUCGUCCACGCCUUCCCCGCGCGGCUCACCCAGAGUCAGUGUCACAGACGACAGCUGGCUGGCCAACACCAACCAGUACACCAACUCUGCCAUCGUGGCAGCCAUCAACGCCCUCACCACCGACGGACUGGUCGACAUGGGCGAGGGCGUCCCCGUCAAGGCCCGCAAGACCAACCUAGACCACAGCCCCACCAUGAGCCUGAAGACGGAGCCGGGAGGAGAGGAGAUGGGCCCUGGGAGCGAGCUCCUCCAGGAGGACCACAUCUCCCGCCUGCCUUUCAAGAAGGAGAGCUACUGUGGGGGCUUCCUAGACGUGCCCCAGCACCCCUACUCCUGGUCCAAGCCAAAGCCCUACCUCAGCUCCCUGCCCGCCCUGGAUUGGCAGCUGCCGUCUUGCUCUGGCCCGUACAGUCUGCAGAUCGAGAUGCAACCCAAGUCCCACCACCGUGCCCACUACGAGACAGAGGGCAGCCGCGGGGCAGUCAAAGCUUCGUCCGGAGGUCAUCCGGUCGUACAGCUCUACGGUUACAUGGAGAGCGAGCCCCUAACCCUGCAGCUGUUCAUCGGGACCGCAGACGACCGCCUCCUGCGACCGCACGCCUUCUACCAGGUCCACCGCAUCACAGGCAAGACUGUCUCUACCGCCAGCCACGAGGCCCUGCAGUCCAACACCAAGGUGCUGGAGAUCCCUCUGCUGCCCGAGAACAACAUGAGAGCCAUCAUUGACUGUGCAGGGAUUCUGAAGCUGCGGAACUCCGACAUCGAGCUGCGCAAGGGCGAGACGGACAUCGGGCGCAAAAACACGCGCGUGAGGAUGGUGUUCCGUGUGCACAUCAACCAGCCCAAUGGCAGGACCAUCUCCCUACAGGCCUCGUGUGCUCCGGUGGACUGCUCCCAGCGCUCGGCCCAGGAGCUGCCCCUGAUAGAGAAGCAGAGCCUGGACAGCUACCCCGCCACGGGGGGAAAGAAGAUCCUCCUGAGUGGACACAACUUUCUGCCAGACUCCAAGGUGGUGUUCGUGGAGAAGGCCCAAGAUGGACACCACCUAUGGGAGACAGAAGCCAAAGUUGACAAGGACUCCUUCAAGUCUACGGCGCUGGUGGUGGAGAUCCCUCCCUACAGGAACCAGAGAAUAUCCAGCCCUGUGCAGGUCAACUUCUACGUCUGCAAUGGCAAGAGAAAGAGGAGCCAGUACCAGCGCUUCACCUAUCUCUCACCAAAUGUCAAUGAGAUCAUCCGAAACGACCUGUCCWGCAUCUCAGUGCAUCUCAGCACAUAAACUCUCUGCAGAUACAAAAAGGGACAGAGGCAAAGGGACCACAAACCAAAGCUCCUAUAUCCACAUGAGGAACCCCUUAACAGAGAGCUUUCACAUUACCACUUCCUCAUUGCUACAUUUCCCAGAUGCCUGAUUCGCUUGCCCCUCGUGACGCUGCAKAACGAUUGGUCGACUGGUGGUCAUUGACAGGAAACUGCAAAGCUCCAUAUGAACAAAUGUUAUAAUAUAAUGUGAGACGGCCUUAGAUAUAAUGGGAGGGACUGACAAUUACUACACUUGCCUUAAAUGACAACUCUUGCUCUUCCAUGGACCAAACAGCUCAGUAAGACUGAAUACUUGUUUCUUUAAUGAUGACCUCUUCUUUAUGUGUGUUGGACUCUAAUAUACGGACAAGCCAAUGGGUGUGUCGUAUGUUGGUCAGAGCGUCCUGGCAAACCACACCAACCCAGGCGGUGCCUUACAACAUCACUCACUGACUAAAACGCAAUGUCAUUUCGAUCACUUCAAUCAUUCGUUUACAGGGAAACUAAAAAUAGCUGGAAAAGAAGUAGGGACGUGUGUAUAGGUUAGAUUUGUGUAUCCGUUUUUUUUAUUAUGUCCUUGUCCAUUUAUACGGAAUGUUGUGUGUGAUAUUCUUUGUAUAAACAUGUAUUUGAAAUGUACUUUGUGUAUGCCUUAAAUCUAAUAUGCAGUUUUGCGGUUUAGCGCCUCGUUUUUUUUCCAGUGUCUUCCUUUUUCUAGCAUCUGUCUUAACACCUAGUGCCUCUUCUAUCCUUCCGCUCUGGCCUCCCUCUCCCUCUUCCCUUCUUUUUUUUUUUUAAAUAUUCAGAAAUGCUUAGACCAUCAGGAAAGAGCCUACUACACAUACCGAAGGAGAACAACUGGGUUUGCAUGUACAUACCAUAUGAUGAUAAGGACUAUCUAAGACUAAAUCUUAGUCCCCUUGCCUGUAUAAUACAGCUAGAGAAGGGUUGAGCCUUCAGCUCGGCAAUAAUUGAUUUCCUCAUAUCAAAGGAUUUUACCUAAUUAUUGUUCAAGCUUCUUCUUUACUGUUAGAGACAGUGGCUCAGUAGGCUUCAGUCAGUAUGUAAUGCACUUUACCAUAGUAGCAGCACAGGUUUCUCUUCCGUCAUGACCAAAUGUUACAGGAUCUAGAUUCAUAUACUUAGUAUGAUAGGACAGACAGCCCUUACUGAGCUACGGGGGGUCUCUUCUUCUAAAGGAUGACAGAUCUGCAAUCUUUUUCUACGUCGUCAAGUAGAACGUCUUUCUUCAGCAUGCAGAGAAUACUAAUGAUAUAUAUGAUUUAGCUUUACUAUACCAUUAAUUAGCUUCAUGAAUACAUGUGGACUAUAUGAUAGCAUGGCUCUAUGUAACAGAUUGAUGUAUUGUGCCUUAUUCUCUAUUGUCUCUCUGCUACAACGUGAUUGUAUCUCUUAAUCAUUUUCUAUCCAGGCACAAAGGUGAGACAUAUUUCCUCUUUGAUAUGAAAUAUUUAUGGAAAUUGAAAUGGUGUUUUAUGUACACUCCAUGUGUUCUAUAAAAAAAAAAUGAAUGAAUAAAUGACAUAAUAAUGACAAUA